AUGACGACAGAUUCUCCUCUCCCCCACCUACAGCUCCACAACUAUAUCAGUACCGCCGACCCCGAUCGCAUCUAUGUCGCGGUGGACCGGGUGAUCUAUGCGAUUCACAUCUCAUCCAAAAAGCGGGAAACCAUAGCGGUCAUUCCGUUUGAACCGAGAUGUCUCACCUCUGGUUACGGCUGGAUCGGGAUCGGUGGCUCGGAUAAUGGCGAGUGUGCUUUUAUCAAAAUCUCCGACCAGGCCGUGCGUGUUCGCGAAAACACCCCCGCGGAAACCCCUGCGGAAGUGGACAGCGCGCUCCCAAUUGAUAUUGAAGGCCUCCGGAGGGUCAACCAGUCUUGGUUAGCCGGAGAUGAGUCGCAGUCCUCCCCCGACGGUCGAGGGAGACCAUUACGCGACGUGCAAUUGCAUAAAUUCGGCGGAAGCAUUGUCAACUCGGUCACGAUUCACCGGUUACCGGGGGAUAAUAAGGGUUUAGCAGACGAGGAUGUGAUAGUUCUCAGCAACAAUAAUUUCACAGUGACGGUCUAUUCCUUAACAAGAUCGAAAGUGUUAAAGGUCCUGGAACACACAGAGAGUAUGAACUAUGCUAUCAUCUCGCCCGAUUCGAGAACCCUGGCGGCGGUUAGCGACGAACCUCGAGCAUAUUUUUAUGAUAUUACCCGUGACUAUGAUACCACCGUUUUGACAGAAGGUGGUCAAAAGCUGACCGGGUGGAAUUGGGACCUCCUGCGCUGCAUUGAGAUGGACCUUGGCUCCCGAUUAGUUGACAGAUGCUGUUUCAGCAUUGCCUUCACGCAAUUCAGCCGGUUAUGCGCCAUCGGAGCCCAGUCCGGGGUAAUCAUUGUCUUCGACGUGACGAAGAUUCGAGACAUCUUCCAAGAACCCAACGGGAACAAUUCAAUAAUCUGCCAUUUUCAGUCUUCUAGACCGUCCAUUAAUGGCGGCGCUGUGCGCUGCAUGGCGUUUGCGCCUGAGCCUUGGGAUCUGUUGGUGUGGCUAGAAGACAAAGGCAGGGCGGGUAUUGCCGACGUUCGUCAGGCAUUCGUCCGCCGACAGAUCAUUGACCUAGACACGAAUGAGCCAGGACUCGAGACAGUCCGUACUGAUCCUUUAGUAGAGGAAUGCGCUGAGCUCGAAUCGGACGAUAACAACCGGCCUGCCACCGAAACUCCCCGUGGAGCUGAUGGGGCACACCACGAAGCUGCUGGUUCUAUCGAGGGUACGUUCAAUCGCCGAAUUGGAGCUCCGCUUGGAAAUCACCCCCUGCGCGAUACCCUGCUCCAGGACCUCACAGAGAGGGAGAGGUUAAUCAUCGAGUUCUUGAACACAGCACGCUGGACGUCUCGAUUAGAAGAAGGAUUGCGAGCCAGAGCCAACGCGAACCCGCCUCAUGUACCUCGCCCACGCUUCCAAGGUUCCACAGAUGUGCCUAAUCGAGCUUCUCGUCCUACCUCGCCUCUUCGCCAAAGCGAUGUGCUCCAUGAUCUGUCUCACGACAGUCAGUCAGUGCACGCAGGGGGUGGAAGGCACAGCCUCAGGCAUCGACCAUCUUAUAUCCCGACUCUCAGUCGGUAUGAGACCGGGAGUAGAAGUCCUGAUACAAUUGGUUCGAGUGCAGAACCGCAGCCAAGUAUCACGCUCAGUUGGACUACCUCUCCCGCUGAGCUCCAGUCGGCGACGUCCAAUACCAACUCACGCAUCUCAAACUCAACAUACGAUAGCUCUAGUAAUGGAGCCGAUGUGAACAAUGGCAUCCUAGGCCGCCCGUCCGCUAACUUUGACUAUUCCAAUACCCCUGAAGUCCUGGUUCCACCCCUUCGAAACGGCCACCGAUCGCCCUCUAGUCAACGCCGUUCUGAGGAAAGGACAAGGACACCAGAAGUCCGACAUGAGCCAAUGACACGCCUUUCAAGCACGGAACUGAGAACCAAUGUGGGCAGCUGA